GACCAAAUUCUCCAUUGAUUGGUCAACACGCAGUCGACUUUUCCGUAUAAAAACGAGACGACUCAAGUGUAAAAACAAUCACACAUUCAUUAAUUCUCUUUGCAGUUGCAACACACUUCAAAUCUUGACUCAAAAUGAAAUUGUUGGCUGUUCUAGUUGCCUUGGUAGCAGUCUUUGCUUGCGUCAUGGCUCAGGGUUACAAUAACAACGGAAAUUAUGGAUCUUCAUCCUACUCCGCGCCUUCUAAAUCUUCUGAGGUACUCUGGCCUGAACCUCCAACACCUUAUGAAGCUCCAGCUCCAGUUCCCAGCCCGUACGAAGCUCCUGCUCCUAGCCCAUACGGAGCUUCUUCCCAUGGCAGGUAUUAGAUUAGUGGUAAAACCAUGGCCACGCAUUAGCCGGUGCCAUCAAACAUGGAAAUGAAAUCACAUGGACUGAAAAUAAUGGCCACCUUCUGUAUCGACCCCAAUUUUCUUUGUUGGUUUAACUCGCUGUACAUUCCUUGAUUGAAAAUUUCGAAUAAACGAAGACGAACAAAAGAAACACAUUGUCUACAC